GUUAGAGGGACCAUGAAAGCGGGGUUAGAUAACUGGAUCGACAUUCUUGUUCUUGUGCUGUAUUUUGUUUUCGUCUUCGCCGUUGGAAUUUUGUCCUUAUGGAGGAGGGACCGAAAUACAACCAAGGGAUACUUUCUGGCGGGAAGAUCCAUGCUCUGGUUUCCGAUUGGUGCAAGCUUGUUUGCCAGCAAUAUUGGAGCGGAACAUUUCAUUGGUUUGGCUGGGAGCGGUGCGUCAAGUGGAAUUGCCGCGGUUGCUUUUGAAUGGGGUGCUGCUUUUUGUUUGUUGAUGCUGGGAUGGGCGUACCUUCCUGUUUACCUGACGUCAGAGGUUUAUACCAUCCCAGAAUUUCUGAAGCGACGAUUUGGCGGGAAAAGAUUAAGAAUAUACCACAGUCUGAUACUUCAGUUGUCUUACAUUGUUACCAAAAUAUCUGUGGACGUGUUUGCGGGUGCUGUGUUUAUCCAGCAGGCGGUGGGAUGGAACACUUACCUUUCUAUUUUAGUUCUGUUGGCAGUCACCGCUAUUUAUACUAUUGUAGGAGGCUUGGCUGCUGUGAUAUUUACAGACACUCUUCAGACCAUUAUUAUGAUUGUGGGUGCAACAGCCCUGUCGAUUUUGAGUUUUCUUAAAGUCGGUGGCUUUUCUGCAUUAAUGUACAAGUAUUUUGAAGCCAUUCCUCAUAGUGGGGACAUUCUUGUAUCAUUAUCAACCAAUUUGUCCUUCCCCAACACCACGUACAAUCUGACGGACGCCAUUUUGUCAAACGUCACUCAUCAGCAGUGUGGCCUGCCUCGAUCUGAUGCUUUCCACAUAUUUAGGGAUCCCGUUAGUUCGGACCUUCCCUGGCCCGGUGUGAUGAUAAGAACCACUCUGAUCAGUACUUGGUUCUGGUGCUGUGACCAGUUGAUCGUUCAAAGAACAUUGGCUGCCAAAAAUAUUGCAAAUGCCAGAGCAUCUACCAUCUUUGCCUCCUACCUGAAGUCUUUACCUAUGUUUCUUAUUGUACUUCCAGGAAUGAUUAGUAGAAUAUUAUUUCCAGACACUGUAGCUUGCGUAGACCCCAAAAUAUGCAUGGAGGUUUGCGAAAAUCCAGCCGGUUGCUCUAACAUUGCAUACCCUCAACUGAUCUUAGAUCUGGCUCCUACAGGCAUGCGUGGACUUAUGAUGGCAGUAAUGAUAGCCGCUCUAAUGAGUUCUUUGACGUCAAUCUUUAACAGCGCUGCCACUUUGUUUACGCUAGAUUUGUGGGCGCGUUUUAGGAGUCAGGCUACGGAGAGAGAGCUGCUUAUUGUUGGAAAGGUUUUUAUAGUCCUUUUAGUUGGCGUCAGCGUUCUUUGGAUUCCCUUGAUUCAAGCCGCCGAAGGGGGACGACUCUAUUUUACAAUCCAAGCCCUAACAGGAUAUCUUGCCCCUCCCAUUGGAGGGAUUUUCUUGCUGUCGAUAUUUGUCCCUCGAGUCAACGAACAGGGUGCCUUCUGGGGGAUGCUGAUUGGACAUACUGUGGGCAUAACACGCAUGAUCCUAGACUUCAUUUACCCCUCACCUAAAUGUGGAGAGCCUGACACACGCCCUGCUGUGGUUGCCGACAUCCACUUCACUUACUUCUCCGUCAUCUUGUUGGGUUUAUCGUGGGCUGUAUGUCUUGUUGUCAGUGCAUUUACUAAAGCACCACCAAGAAAAGCGUUGAAAGGGUUGACCGUUUGGACAACUGACAAAAUAGGACCACGUCCACAGGAAGAUUAUACCUUGGUUUCAACAGAGGAUGAAAAAGAAAAUUCAGAAAUGACCAAAAUAAAAGAAAUAUCAGUCGGUGUCUCACAGGAGACAAACGAAAAUUCGAAGAACGAGAUGUCUAAAAAUGAGCACGAGGCAGAGAGCAGCAGUACAUCAGAGGAAAACGAGGACGGACCCGGGUUACGGACCAGGAAAAAGUUAUACAUGAGCAGAAAAACAAAUAUCAUCUUAAAUAUUAAUGCAAUUAUUCUUAUAGCAGUCUUUGUGUUUCUCUAUGCAAUAUUCGCAUAGAGCAGCGCAUCUGCACAUGUUGAGAAUAAUAUAUGUAAAUUUAUUUUUUCAAUUACAUCCAAACAUAUCAAAGUCCUUCCAAAAUCGGAACCAAUAGCCAUAUUUAACGUGUAAUGUAGUUAACGUGUAGUGUAGAUAUAUGCCUACCUUGAAAAGGAUAUUUAUACAAACAUUUUAUUCUUUGGAGGAAACUUAAUAUCGUGUCACAGUUUCCGAAAAGUGGAUAAUUCUUUGAUUUUAUCUCUUAAAAACCUGGAUUUAAAAUUUCUCCCAAAAAGCACACUUGAUUAAACAUAGAAAAAUAUUUCAUCUUCAUCCAUUUACCCUCUGUUUUCCUUCACAUUUUUUUUCUAAAGAUUCGCAAAGUGAACUGAUUACAUUUACUGCACAAAAUGUAUUUUCAGCAGCAAAAGCAUUAUUAAAGGAAAAGCGAAAUGAAAAAAAAAAAUCAGAAAAAUAAAAAAGGCUGAUUUUUGCAAUGUUGCUUUUCCUUAUAAAAUUAACCUGCCUUGGUAUAUUCUUAAGAGAUUUUUAUUACACUUUUAGCUCCAAGCUUACAUAUUCUGAAAUUUAUAUUCCUCUGUAAACCUUAAGUUUACCGAGUGUGAUUUGUCCAUAUUUGUAAUUUUAUUAAAGUAAUAACGUAGUUUAAUCUUUUCAGAAUAAUUUCUUUUCUUAAAAAAAUACAACAGGUUUUUGAGUAAAAGUAAUAUCAGUUCAAUUUGUACUACUCCUUUAGAAACUUUUUCUUUUUUAAAAAAUAGGCUAAAUUAGUGAAGACUAAACAAUUUUUACCAUGAUUAUUCUAGUUCUGUACCUUUUUUUGGAGUGGUGAUAUUCUUUUCUCCAGGUCUUCCGAGAAGAAAAUCAAUGAAUUAUCCACUUUUCUUAAACCCGUGACAUGAUAUGAAGUCUCCUCGAAAAAAAAUGUUUGCAUCAUCUUUAAUAUAACAUCAAUGAAUGUCCUGAAGGAAGGGUUGAAUCAGUGCUAUCUAUCUUGCAUAAUAAUACUAACCGGUGGAUGAAGAAUGCAUAGAUUCCUCUCCGCCUAUGGGGAUGUAGAAAAGCAGCUCAACUUUCAUAAUUAAAUUCCAUUUUAACGAGACCCAUGCAGCUAUGUCAGUACUGUUAUAAAAAGCGUGGUGUCAAAACGGAAUAAAAAGAAAUUUUGACGCCAAAUGUUUAAAGAAAUUGCAUUGAUUAUGUUUUGUUUUGUGUGUGUGUGUGUUUUUUUUAUUUUCAAAAUUUUCAUAUUUCUUAUAUACAGAAUCAUUGUUAUUAAACACUUUUAUAAUUAAGAAUUUGUUUUGUAGGAAUUAAUUCCGUUUUACAUUACGAAACUAUAACUAUAUUUAGUAUACAAAA